AUGGACAUCAUGACUGCUGUUCAGCUUGUGCUGAGAAAGUCGCGUGCUUAUGGUGGUCUUGCAAGAGGUCUUCAUGAGAGUGCUAAAGUGAUUGAGAAGCAUACUGCACAGCUUUGUGUCCUAGCUGAGGAUUGUGACCAACCUGAUUAUGUUAAGUUGGUCAAGGCCCUUUGUGCCGAACACAAUGUUAGUUUGUUGACUGUUCCAAAUGCAAAGACCCUCGGAGAAUGGGCUGGUCUGUGCAAGAUUGAUUCAGAAGGAAAAGCUAGGAAGGUAACUGGUUGCUCCUGCGUGGUUGUCAAGGAUUUCGGCGAGGAACACGAAGCAUAUAAUGUUGUUUUGCAACAUGUGAAAUCUAACUGA